CGCUCGGUUUGUGGGAGUCAGAGCCAUGGCGGGCUUGGUUGACUUCCAGGACGAGGAGCAGGUGAAGUCUUUCCUGGAGAACAUGAAAGUGGAGUGCCACUACCAGUGCUACCGCGAGAAGGACCCGGACGGUUGCUAUCGGCUGGUGGACUAUCUGGAGGGAAUUCAGAAGAAUUUUGAUGAAGCCGCCAAGGUGCUGAAGUUCAACUGUGAGGACAAUGGGCACAGUGACAGCUGCUAUAAGCUGGGGGCCUAUUACGUGACUGGAAAAGGUGGCCUGACUCAAGACCUAAAGGCUGCAUCUGCCUGCUUUCUGAUGGCCUGUGAGAAACCAGGAAAGAAGUCUGUGGAAUCAUGUCACAAUGUUGGACUCCUGGCCCAUGAUGGACAGGUCAAUGAGGAUGGCCAGCCUGACCUGGGAAAGGCCAGGGACUACUACACCAGGGCCUGUGAUGGUGGCUUUGCAGCCAGCUGCUUCAACCUCAGUGCCAUGUUUCUACAGGGUGCCCCUGGCCUCCCCAAGGACAUGGGUUUGGCAUGUAAAUAUUCAAUGAAGGCCUGUGACCUGGGCCACAUCUGGGCCUGUGCCAAUGCCAGCCGCAUGUAUAAACUGGGGGAUGGUGUUGAUAAGGACGAGGCCAAGGCUGAAAUGCUGAAAAAUCGGGCCCAGCAGCUGCACAAGGAACAGCAGAAAAACGUCCAGCCUUUAACGUUUGGGUAAUGUGUGGCCCGUCCUCCCAAGCAACAGACAGCUUGACCCUGGCACCUCUCUGAUGAGGCCCUUGGAGAUAAGUCAGUGCCAUCUGCGCCAGAGUGUCGCCUGCUGGGAGUGGCUGGAAGUGUGUUUUAGUAAAUAAUCCUUUGUGUGUAUUCUGUGAAGACACCCACAUUAUGGGGGUUUUAAUUUCUAAACUGGACCUCUGAAAAGUAGAAGCAAACUGUGGAGCCAUAGCCUUUUGGGGUGGGAGACAAAGAGAAGUUGGGAAAUUUAGCAACCACAGGCCUCAGAGAAUCAGCCAUCAUUAUCAUUUUAGUCGGAAGAUCUUGAAAAUUAGAAAGUAUCCUAAUUUGCAUAACAGAGGUCUUGAGGAGCUAAGAACAGCGGCAGUCACGACUGCCGCCCUCUGCCUUACGUAACCACGGUGUGGGCUCCUUGCCUUUCCAGUCAGACCUUAGACAGAUUUAUAGGGAUCGGGAGCUUCUGUGCCACAGGAAAGCUGAAGGUAGUUAGGUUAUGCCUUGCGGUGGCCAAAGAAGACAAGACCUAAGUGUCCUCUCUUCUCGAUAAGAAAUUUACAGUUAAAAAUUAACCUCCUCAGCUACCUCUGCUCCUCAGGGGAAGACAGAGGACUCUUGAAGCAGCUCUGCCUAGGAAUUUGUGAGAGGGAUGGCACAAAGUUGUCCACUGAACAGAGCCUUUUUCUUUUCGGGGGUGGGGGUGGGGAGGGGUGUUCGAGACAGGGUUUCUCUGUGUAGCAGCCCUGGCUGUCCUGGAACUCACUCUGUAGACCAGGCUGGCCUUGAACUCACAGAGAUCCGCCUGCCGCUGCCUCCCGAGUGCUGGGAUUGAAGCUGUGAGCCACCGUCGCCCGGCUGCUGCUGUUUUGAGGAGGCCCUCCCUGUGCUGCCUGUGCUGGCCUUCUGCUCCCAGCCCUGCCUCAGCUAAGCCAGGCAGGACCGAUCCUGUCAAACUGUCCAGAUGAAUGAACUGUUUCACUUGAUUUAUUUAUCUGUCAUGCUCUUGUGCUCCAGACCUUGGCAGGAUGGAAUGUGUUCAUCAUGGUGGCUGUGCCUUUUUCUUUUUUGCCUUUGUGUGUGUGCCUUUUUAAUACUUUUUUCCCUUCUAUUGUCUCUGUUGGUCACCAGGGGGCGAGCGUGUCCUUUUCCUCUGACAGCUGGACCACUGUAGCCAUCACUACCUUGGUCUCCUUUCCGGUCUGGCAGCUAGCUGCUGUAGAAGGCAAGCUUGCCUUGAGCAUUGUGAGCCCAGCCAGCUGCCCUCUCAAGCUGAUACAGGGGAGGACCUGUCCUGAGUGGAGAGAGCGUUUAAAAGCCAUCAAGUUUGUUUUUAGGAUGUCUUGAAAAUUGCAUUUGGUGUGAUUGGCUGCCAUAGGCCAACACACAUAGGAAAAGAUACUAAUCAUGGGGGCUAUGCAUGAAAACCACAUGAACUCUUCUGCUGUCCCGGGCCUGCACAGCGGAAGGAGGCAACUGAGUCCUGCAAGCUGUCCUCUGACCUCCAUGCAGGAGUGCACACACAGUAAAAACAAGUGUGAUAGGAAUUACACAACAGUAGACAGUUGAUGAAAAGAACUGAAAGCUGUGUGCGGUGGCUGGCACACUCGGGAGACAGACGGCCUGGUGUACACAGGAAGUUCCUAACCAGGAGAACCCACCAGAAGUGGCAAGUGCAUGUGUUAGAGGGUCCUCUGCAGCGUGUCAGGAGGGUGCAAACUACACCGAGCACACUGCUGUGACUCUAGAGGCUGAAACACACCAAACGCAGGUGGGAUUGUGGGGAGGCCAGGACUUGCCUCACUCAUGAAAACAAAAGAUGGCUCAGCCACUUGGGAAGACAGUUGAUCAGUAUUUAACAAAACUAAACGUACAGUGUCCUGGUGAUCAGGCCUCUUUAUAUUUCCCCCGGGGAAUUAGAAGUAUACUCAUGCAAAAACCAGCACCGGUGGUUUUCAUAGCAGCCUUACUUAUAAUUGCCCAAACUCAGAAGCAACAAAGAUGUCCUGUAUGUAAAUGAUACAUACAUACAAUGGACUGUCUAGUACUAAAAAGAAACGAGUUAGUCAUAGGAGAUGUAGAGGGUUAUUACUGACGGAAAGGCCAGAUCUGAAAGGGUUACAUUCUUUUUUGUUUGUUUGUUUGCUUUUUGAGACAGGGUUUCUCUGUAUAGCUUUGUGCCUUUCCUGGAAUUCACUCUGUAGCCCAGGCUGGCCUCGAACUCACAGAGAUCCUCCUGCCUGUGCCUCCUGAGUGCUGGGAUCAAAGGUGUGCAUCAUCACUGCCUGGAGUUACAUUUUUGAUUCCAAUUGUGUGAUACUGGUGUCCUCAAAAAAAAAAAAGUGAUAGAGUAAGUUAGAGCCUGGCAGUGUGGCUCAGCAGUGGAAGGCUGAGUUUCUGGGUUUUACAGGUUCCAGAGUACAGGAAAAGUUGAGGUGGCAGGCUGCAGAGAUGGCUUAGUGUAUAAGGGCACCCACUGCUCUUGCAGGGGACCUGAGUUUGGUUCCAUCACUCACUUGAUGGCUCAGAACCUUCUAACUCCAGCUCCAGGAGAUCUCACACCCUCUUCUUCCCUUGGCAGGUAGUGGGCACGUACAUGGUACACACACACACACACACACACACAAAAAAAAAAAAAAAAAAAAAAAAAAAAAAAACAAGAAUCUAAAAAUGUUCACAUGGUGGGAUGGUUAGAGAAGCGUUUUUAAGGUCAUGAGGCCACUCUCUGUGGUUCUCAUGAUGGUGGAUACAGGUCUUCAGCCAUUUGUGCAAAUUGGUAAACCGUGAAAUAAGAGUGAACCCUAAUGUAAGCGAGAACUUUGGGGACGAAGUGCACACGUAGGCUCAUCAUUUAUAAUGCACCUUCUGCUGAAGGUGUCAGGAUGUCUCUCAAGGCUGACUCUUCAUAGAUAGGAAAUUGCUGUAUUGUCUCAGUUUUGCUGUGAACCAAAAGCUGUAAGAAAAUGGAUUCAGAAUAGAACCACACUGAGAUACUGCCUCCCACCCAGUAGGACCACUACUAUUAAAAUAAAUGUCAAGUGUAGGGAAAUGGGAGCCCUUACGCACUGUUGAUGGGAAUGUGAAAGUUUAGAAAUAAACUGCAUUUUUGUUUAUGAAA